AUGACUCAGAAGCACGAUAUGAAUCCAGAAAAUGUUGCUGAUAGAAAAGAGAAAAUGGCACGAGAAUGUCUCACAAUCAAAGGAGAACGGCUAGCGACAAACGAGACAUUCGAAGCGGCGGAUGAUGACACGUCAUGGACGAUCAGUCGUCCGUUCGUCAAUUCAAAGGAGAACAGCAGAAUUUAG